GGUCCCUUUAUGAUUCUCCACUCGGCAUUCGAGCCUGGUGGUCUGAGGUCUACUGUCUUUGUCAAUUUAUCAUAGAAUUUUGCUUCAAGUUUUGCAAUUUGUAUCAGAAUUUUUAUGUUAUAAAAAAUCAAUAUCAUUUUAAAGAUUAUAUUAUUUAAGAAUUAUUUUUAAAAGUUUUGUUCUUGACAGACGACUGUACCGGGAUCACAGAGGAACACCUUAUACCUACAUAUUAUGAUGCGGAUGAUUCGGUUGUCGCACCAGAUACAUAUGAAAACCGUGCCAUUAUCCCAGUUGUACCCUCAGACCUUCAAAUCAAAAAUCUGCCAUCUGAUCCUUUAAAAAAGACUGUUAUGCAGAAUGCAAGCCACAGAAGUGGUGCUGGAUCCCAAAGAGCUCAGAAAGGGAAGAAGUCUUAUUCAUGUUCAGAAUGUGACAAAUGUUUUACUCAUAAAUCAUAUCUUGUGAGGCAUCAGAAUAUUCACACAGGGGAGAAUCCGUAUUCAUGUUCAGAAUGUGGCAAAUGUUUUACUCAGAAAUCAAAUCUUGUGAGGCAUCAGAAUAUUCACACAGGGGAGAAUCCGUAUUCAUGUUCAGAAUGUGGCAAAUGUUUUACUCAUAAAUCAUAUCUUGUGAGGCAUCAGAUAGUUCACACAGGGGAGAAGCCGUAUUCAUGUUCAGAAUGUGGCAAAUGUUUUACUGUAAAAUCACAUCUUGAGAGGCAUCAGAAAAUUCACACAGGGGAGAAGCCGUAUUCAUGUUCAGAAUGUGGCAAAUGUUUUACUCAGAAAUCAAAUCUUGAGAGCCAUCAAAGAUAUCACAUAGGGGAGAAGCCGUAUUCAUGUUCAGAAUGUGGCAAAUGUUUUACUGAGAAAUCACAUCUUAAGAGCCAUCAAAGACAUCAUACAGGGGAGAAGCCGUAUUCAUGUUCAGAAUGUGGUAAACGUUUUGCUAGGAAAUCAAUUUUUCAUAACCAUCAGAGAAUUCACACAGGGGAGAAGCCAUUUUCAUGUCCAGAAUGUGGAAAAUGUUUUGCUUUGAAUACUCAGCUUGCUGAUCAUUUAAAAAAUCACACAGGGGAGAGGCCAUUUUCCUGCCCAGAAUGUGGAAAAUGUUUUGCUCAUAAAUCAGUUCUUAAGGUUCAUCAGCUUAUUCACACAGGAGAGAAGCUAUUUUCAUGCCCAGAAUGUGGGAAAUGUUUUACUCAGAAUGCAUCUCUUUAUAAACAUAAGAAAAGUCACACAGGAGAGAAGCCAUAUUCAUGUUCAGAAUGUGGGGAUUGUUUUAGCCAGAAAUUUUAUCUCCAGAGCCAUCAGAGAAUUCACAUAGGGGAGAAGCCAUACCAUUGUUCCGAAUGUGAGAAAUGUUUUGCUAAAAAAGUAUCUCUUCUUAAACAUCUAAGAUAUCACACAGGAGAGAAGCCAUUUUCAUGCCCAGAAUGUGGGAAAUGUUUUACUCGAAAAGCAAAUCUUGUUACACAUCUGAAAUCUCACACUGAGGAGAAGUGAUAUUUAUGCCCAGAACGUGUUUUACAAAAAAAUCUAAAUUUGAGAAUCAUUAGGGAAGUCACACAGUGGUGCAGCCAUGUUCAUGUUCAGAAUGUGGAAACUGUUUUAUUCAGAAAUAAGCCCUUGUUCAAUAUCAGAGAAUUCAUACAGGGGAGAAGAAGUUCUAACCCCUUGCCAACAUCCUCCAUAUAUGUACGGUGGAUGUUGGGAAUUUAAAGAUGGUGCACACUCAAGAGUUAAGUGAGUGCCAUAGGCGAAGCAUGCGUGCGGUUUCACACAGCAGAUGACUGCUGGCAGCGUCCAU